CCAGAGCUCUCCGGCCGCCGCCGCCGCCGCCGCCGCCACCAGGUGCUGCGGCGGCGCUGAAGCCAGUCCCUGCCGCAGACCCUCUCUUGUCCCCUCCUCCUACCCCUUUUUACUCCCCCAUUAAAGCUUUGCGCAGCUUCUGAACUCCGGCGACAAGCACCCGUGCGUGAUGGCAUUUGAGCUCGUCCCAACUCUCCCCGUCUAGAUCCGACCUCCAUGCUAUCCUCUGCGCGCUGGAAUCUGUCCGGGACGAGGAGAGGCGAGCAGAUCAGGAUCUGCAUCUCAGCCAAGGCGUCGCGGCCUCCUCACUCGGGUCUCGCGGAUCCGAUGGCCAGUUGGGCGGCUUUGGGCAUUGCGGGGCUGACACUUGCCCCAGGCCACGAGCCCGGGGACGUCGGACGGGCCGAGGCUGUCUACCUUUGGUUGUUGAUAUUCGUCAGGUUAAAUUGGCUAGCGCUGGAGGUGUGCGUGGUUGUUUCGUUGCUAAAUUUGAUUGGAAUAUAUGAGGCCUUGGAGUUGAGGGAUGGAGGAUCUGAUUAUCUUGGCAAGGGUGUUCUUAAGGCUGUGGAUAAUGUGAAUAGCAUUAUUGGGCCAGCAAUUAUUGGAAAGGACCCCACGGAGCAGGUUGACAUUGACAACUUCAUGGUCCAGCAGCUUGACGGAACCUCCAACGAAUGGGGCUGGUGUAAACAAAAGCUUGGAGCAAAUGCUAUUCUUGCCGUGUCACUAGCUGUGUGUAAAGCUGGGGCCAUGGUGAAGAAGAUUCCUCUUUACCAGCACAUUGCAAAUCUUGCUGGAAACAAAACUCUGGUGCUGCCUGUACCUGCUUUUAAUGUGAUUAAUGGAGGAUCGCAUGCUGGAAACAAGCUUGCCAUGCAGGAGUUCAUGAUCCUCCCAACCGGUGCCUCCUCAUUCAAGGAGGCCAUGAAGAUGGGAGUUGAGGUGUAUCACAACCUGAAGAGCAUAAUCAAGAAGAAGUAUGGUCAAGAUGCCACAAACGUUGGGGAUGAAGGUGGCUUUGCACCUAACAUUCAGGAAAACAAAGAGGGCCUUGAACUGUUGAAGGCAGCUAUAGAAAAGGCUGGCUACACUGGAAAGGUGGUCAUUGGAAUGGAUGUUGCUGCUUCCGAAUUCUUUAGUGACAAGGAUAAGACGUAUGAUCUUAAUUUCAAGGAGGAUAACAACGACGGUUCAAACAAAAUUUCAGGUGACAGCCUGAAAGAUCUGUACAAGUCCUUCGUUUCUGAGUACCCUAUUGUCUCCAUCGAAGACCCGUUUGAUCAGGAUGACUGGUCCACCUAUGCCAAACUCACUGAUGAGAUUGGACAACAAGUGCAGAUUGUAGGAGAUGAUCUUCUUGUUACUAAUCCCACUAGGGUUGCCAAGGCCAUCAAUGAGAAGACCUGCAAUGCUCUUCUGUUGAAGGUGAAUCAAAUCGGCUCGGUGACCGAGAGUAUUGAGGCUGUUAGAAUGUCCAAGCGUGCUGGAUGGGGAGUGAUGGCAAGCCACAGGAGUGGUGAGACAGAGGACACCUUCAUUGCUGACCUCUCGGUUGGUCUGGCUACGGGUCAAAUCAAGACAGGAGCCCCCUGCCGUUCUGAGCGUCUGGCCAAAUACAACCAGCUGCUCAGGAUUGAGGAAGAGCUUGGUGCUGCGGCUGUGUAUGCCGGAGCAAAGUUCAGGGCACCAGUGGAGCCCUACUAAACCCUGCCUUCUUAGAACCUGAAGAUGAGCAUGUGUUCUGGUGGUGCUACUAGUUCGCUGCAGCAUUUUAGUGCGAGUCUGUAUCAUUACAAUAAAGAGUAGGUUCUUGUGUACCAUGAGAGCUUGCUGUGUCAUUUGCUUAUGCCAAUGUCACCAAUGGCUGGACGUAGUGGUGAUUUUGUAGUGGAAUUUUAUAUGGCUACCGUCUAUCUGGAGGUUUGAUGGCUGACGAUCUCCCGUAAUAUUAUUGUCCUAACUGAAUUCUGAACAUUUUGGGUUGACAAUUGUCAUCAAGAUGGUUUUGGCUUUUUGCCGGA